AUAAGUUUAAAUGUUUUUCGUUGUCGUUAAUAAUGAAGCGAACAUGUACUUAAAAUUCCAAUUUGAAUUGUUUGUGAAUUUUGUUUAGCUACACCAUUUUGCAUUCGUUUUCUCACCAAUUCAAAACCCGCGUUAUCGACUGGCUUAGUUAGUAUCCAACUAGCCUACAACGUUUUAUUCACUGCGCUUUCGUCAUAUUAGCAAUGUGUGAUGACUCUUGGAUUAAUGAAUCUAAUAUCAAGGAUAGAGAUUCUCUGAUUACGUUGGCUAAGAUUCAGGAGCAAGCUGAGCGAUUUAAUGAUAUGGCGUGUGCUAUGAAGAAAGUUGUCGAGACAUCAAAAACACUGAAUAAUGAGGAGCGAAACUUGUUUUCAGUGGCUUAUAAAAAUGUAAUUGGAUGUUGUAGAUCAGCUUGGCGUGUUGUUUCAAACAUUGAACAGCGAUUGGAUGACCAGAAGAAAAAACAAGCGGGAGAAUACCGUAAAACUAUUGAGAAGGAAUUACAAGCUGUCUGCCAGGAAGUCUUAGAUUUAUUACACGAGUCACUACUCAAAAGUGAAAAUACAGCUGAAGGAAUCGUGUUUUAUAAGAAAAUGGAAGGUGAUUAUUACAGGUAUUUAGCUGAGGUUCUAACUGACGACAAACGUGCUGAUGUUGUAAAACACUCAAGGGAAGCUUAUCAGGCAGCAACGGAGAAGGCAAAUAGUGACCUACCUCCAACUCAUCCAAUCCGUCUGGGCUUAGCUCUAAACUUCUCUGUGUUUUAUUAUGAAAUCGAAAACAACCCCGAAAAAGCAUGCUCAAUUGCUCAGACUGCAUUUAAUGAAUCAAUCGGACAGUUGGACCAACCUGAAAGUGGUUCCUUCAAAGAUAGUACACUUGUAAUGCAACUUCUUCGUGAUAACUUAACUUUAUGGACUUCUGAACGUGAAGCUGCUCAGUAACACAGAAUAUCAGUGGCCACUUUAUGUUUACUUUGAAAACGUAACCUCAGAAAUUUUCUUUACACUCACUUUAUAACGUAUGAACGAAUUUAUUGGUCACUUCUAAUUUAGUCUCUUGAAUAAAUUAUGUGGCAAUUCUCGUCAUUAUAUCAUAUGGUAUACCAAUUUUAAUUAAUAUUUGUGUAAAAUCCAGCUGUAAGACCAUUAUUGCUAGUGUUGAUGUCUGUUCGUUCAACUAAGAUGAAUAGCUGCUUUGUCAAAUAAAUUGCAAAUUCACUGAGUCUAUAUUUCACUUGGUUCAUAUACGUUAUUAAUAUUUCAUGUCUAAACAGUAAAGGAUUUUAUAUAUUUACAUAUACAGUGUUUCACAUUAAACGUAUAUAAGUAACUAAAAAGUUGUUAUAUCUAAGUAUGAACUCGGGAAGUUUUCUCGACUCACAAGGUUAGUUCAGACUUUAUUAAAUAAAAUUACAGAAUGAUGUCAGAGUUCCUCACAAAACAGUGAAAACCAUCUUUUUGGUUACAGAUACUAGACUGCUUUUCAAGUAAACAUAUAAACAGUCGAUAUUUAGGAGUAAUGGUGAUACAUAUCAUUCGAAGGUUGAGAACGUUUUUAAUUGGUCACCUAAAUAAUGUCGUGUAUUGAUGAAAUUAAUGUUAUAAGCGAGGUUAAUUUUAUGUGUUGAUAGUCGAUUUAGGUACUGUUAAUGGACUAUCAUUUGUACGGACUUACAAAGAUCGAAAUCGGUACUUAGAUUUUACUGAGUCUGAAUUCGCUUUUUAUCAUUUUCGACUAAUAAGUUCUUCGUUACAGAAGAGGGAUGUUUUGACAUGGUAUGUUGUGAUAUCAGUAUUUCUGUUAAUCAUUCAUAAAUAUGGUAUUUGUCACGCAUUUCUGAAUAGCGCCCACUCUCGUCUUUUUUGUCAUGUUUAUGAUAGUGAAGAUCCAGGAAUAUUAAGCACUCUAGUAAUGUAAAAAAACAUCAAUAUCACAUAUUUAUUUGGCUAUGAGUUUAGUCACAUGAUGAUAUUUUAGCCUAUGUAACAUUUCAUUCAGCUGGAUCCAAGUUCACACCCUCAAAAAAUCACACUGAUUUUUCUUAGAACCGAACAACAUUAUUUUACUGUGCCACAUAAUAGAUUUUUCUAUCGUCACUCAUCGUCAACUUGUUAUUCGAUAAUCCUUAAUUCAUGGACAAUUCAUCUAAAUGACUGUUCUAUAUAGAAUAUUGAAUAGCAAAUAACUAUGAUCUGGAACCAAAUAUCCUCACUAGUGAGGAAUAAAUAUGAGGUUUUUUCAAUCUCAUGGGACGAGUGAGAUAGAAAAUAGUAUAUUUUACCAACUUUAAGCUUUCACGAUAAUGAAAACGUCAUACCUAUUCUCAAAAUGAUUGCUCUAAAAACAGUGUAUUUACUCUUUAGAAAUGAUGAAUUGUUUCUGUCUUCGCCUAAUAUACUUUAUCUUGUUAUCGUUAUGAAUUGAAGUUUUGAAGGGACAUUGAAAAUCAUGAAUUACAUGAAUUAGCUGUUCAGUCUAAAUUCAUAAAUUUUCAGGGUUGCAUAUCCUUAACUUAUUCUGAUGUAAUCAAUAUAAUUUGUUCGGAGCCUAGAAUUAAAUCGACCUUUAGUAAUGUAAUGAUAAUAUUAGUUGUUCAUUUGAAUUUAGUUAGAUGAACCAAGUUUAAGGUGAUAAGUUGAAAGCUUAGGCUGAUCGGUUAAUAUCAUUUUAAAUGAAAAAAACGAGUAUUAUAAAUUGUCCAAUGUAGACAAUAUAGAUGAAAAUCACCUUUAUUAGGACCGUUAAACAAUGUUAAAUAAGUUAGUAUAUUUGCACUGAAAUGCAAUUUUAUUACCACGGUAAGUGAAGGCCAACUGAUAACAUGAGUUCAGUUUUAACCUAAAAGAGUAACUAUUGUUUAUACAAACCAUGAUUCUGAACAAAAAGAUGUUUAGUAAAAAAUACUUGAAUACCAAUUUCUUUCAGUGUUUACUUCCUCGGGUUCAAAUCGAUAAAAAAUGUUGAUGGUGGAAGAUCCUGACUGAUGCAAAGUAAAAUCGGUCACAGUAAUUGAAAUUUAUAGUAUUAUGUUAAUUUUUAUGCAUUGUAAAUACUCUUAGAUAUUGUCCAUCAAUUGCCUUUCUACUGUUUGCCUUUCUAUCCUUGAUUUUUGUGUCUUUUUUUAAGAGAAAAACUUUUGGUUAGUACAAUAGUUUUGUAAAGAUUGUUGAAUGUUGUAGCUUACAUCACGAAUUGAUCCUAAUUGAACGCCCACUGAUAACAAAAAAAUAGUCCACUGCUAUUUAUUUGUCGUAUGAAACCUAUCAAUGACAGUGUGCAUCCAUGACCAUAUUAUAGACUGAACUCAGGGCUUUCAGGUUUCUUGGACAGCCUUUAACCUUGAAACUAUUGAUUUGGCAUUCACUGGUUCACAACUGCAACUUUAAUUAAUUCAUGAUGUUACUCAACCAUCUCUCAGGAUCAUUGUUAGGUAACUGCCUUACACAAGAUACGGUUGAACUCCACUGGUCACAAUUCUCACUAGAACCCUUUGAAUUACCUUUGAAAAUUAGUAAAUACUGGAUUCGUGAUCAUUAUUAAUGUGUUUGUGUAAGUUAUUGAGUUGUGAAGUUCACGUCACAAAAUAACCAGGUAGUUUGCGGACGAAGACUAUCACUGAGGUGCACCUGUUAAUAUUGCCAUAAAACAGUUGUCUAGUGCUUCCUCGUUCUCCAUAGUUGUCUAAAUAAAAUCAGUCAGUUUUCGAGCUUUGCGAAAUCUUUUUCAGAUUUUUCAUUUCUAUACCAUUGCAAAACCCAGUUGAUUGUUACGGGACCUAUUCAACCUUGAGUUUCUACUUCUGUAAUAUUGUUUGAAAAAUUAUUUUAGCGUAAAUAUGUAAUUGAAGAAAGAAAUUGUUAAAAUUAUGAUAAUAUCAGGUAUUCACUUGUUUUUCUUACCUUACUAUAAUCACAUGAGGAAAACGUAUUUAGUCCAUUGAUAGUAAUUCAUUUGCUAAGGAAAGUGGAUGGCGAAAAUUCAUUUUGUAUUGCUUGUUCGAAUCUUCCCAGUGAUGUUUAGGACUACGAUUGCACAAACUAGUAGCUGUUUUAACUCAGUUCCUAAGUGGAUAACGCAACGGCUUUGAAGCGAACAGUAGUGGGUUCGGGUCCUGCAAUGAGAAUCAACUUUGUGAUGCAAGUACAUCCAGGUGAUGAGUUUCAAACACGAUGAAACGCGCGUCCUGGACUUCACUUCUAGCCACCGUCUAUCCCUGCUCAUAAUGUAUGAGAAAGAGUUAUUUUAGGCAAUAUAAAUUAUUUCGAUGUUUGGUAAUCAAAUUACAUUGGAUAAUAAUCGUGAAACGGUUUGUAAUUGUGGCUAACUGCCCACGGUUUUAACAUUUUACGUUCUUGAUUAAGUAAUGUAAAAUAACCACUGGGUUAAGCUGUAAUUUUAUGAUUGUCUCAUCUCUACAGAGAAGAUAUAAGGAAAUUGAUUUAUUUGUGCUGGUAGAUUUAAAUACGAAAUAUUCACUGAUCAAUUCGAACAAUAGAAUCAACUUGAAACGGGAGUCAAUUUAUAAACGUUUCUUCAAUGGUAAGUGAUUUUGAAAUAAGAUUCGGUUUUCUCCCUUACGCCGAUAGUACAUUAAUUUGCCCUAGACGAAUAUCUACACUAGAUACCCUCCCAGUGUCUAUUCUACAGGACACCAACACGAUUCGGAUCAAGAACACCAGAGUGUAUUUCCACGCCAAUAAGCGACAACAAUAACUAUAAUAAUAGGGGUAAGUGAGUAUAUAACCGAUCUAAUACCUGUCAGACUAUCUACUAGUCUGACUACGUAGACAAACCAUCAUUUUCCUCUCUCACACAUCAGAUUUGUCGUCUUCAAAGGAACUGACUUCUAAAUUAAUGGAUUUAACUAGUAUGUUGGAGGUUUGGACCUUGGUCCGCUUACUUUGUUUACGGCACACGGGAGUAACAUCACUAGCUUUCACGUCCUAAACAUGGUUCAGAGUCAAGUAUAUAAACUUGUAUUUCGAUAAACGAGUUAAGUCACUGUACUUGCAAGUUUCGUUAUCAUUUUGUGUUUAUAAAUUUCUGCGAAAUAUCUUAUCCAUUAAGUAGCUCACUAUUCAACUUAGUGAUGGUUAGGUUUCAGGUCUAUAACUGAUAAGAACCGAUAAGUUUGAGUGUUAGGUCUUUAAAUAUUUUCUAUCACCCUUAAAAAUGUUUCUUGACCAUACAUUAUUUUUUUCCGGUAGAAUUCAUGUCAGUAAUGUCUACAUGGAUUUGUGUAAAUGACUAGUGUUAUAAAUUGUAGUCCUCAGUCUCUACGUUAAAGUUUCUACGUCUAGUCAACAUAUGGACGGUCUUAUCGAUUUUCUUGUAGUCUGUUUGUAUGAAGUUGACAAUUUUAAUGAUCAUAUAUUAUACACAAAAUGAAUAUAUAUCGAUAAGUUUUAUUAGAAUUACACCUUGGCUUCUUGUGUGUUGUAACGACUAUUUGUCAUGUUUGCGCUGUUCAAACAUUGAACCUUUGACAAAAUGGGCUGUAAUUGAAUCUGCUUUCUUGAAAAAGACUCAAGACAUAGACUUAGAAAACAUAAAGUUAUGAUUUUCUUUAAUGUUGCAGUUUUCUGCCUUCGUCCAGUACAUGACUUGGUGUUAUUUCAAAAUUAAUUUUAAGCUAUCCAACUUACAGAACACUAACAGUGAAAUUCAUUGCAUUUUUAAUGUCAGAUAUUCAGAAGAGAUUGAGGGAAAGCUAUUCAUCUAAAAUAUUACCCAAAUAGCUCAUCAGUAUAAUCUAUUUCUGUGAAACUGGGUAAAUAUGCUUGAAUCUUAAUGGGAGAAUCUAUUCUCUCAAGAUUGAUCAUACACUUUGCUGAUAAGUACCAAGUAACAUGAAACUUAAGCUUAGAGCUACCUCUGGUUACCAUUUAACUGUUCGAUAUCAAACGAAGAGCAUUGUUGUUUCAAGUUAUUUAGAUUCGCUACUAUGAUUCGGUUGGUCUGAAUUUCUUCAACCCUAAGGACUGGACAACGUAAAAAGUAUGGUGGAAUUAUCAUUAUUUUCAACAUCCAAUAGAGUAACUUUUUAACUAAAAUAAAAAAAUCAUUCUAUUAUCUUGUUCAUAGUUAUUAACCACUUAUAAACUGUAAUAACGUAAUAUAUUUAUUGGUGUUUGUAACAUGUACUUUAGUAGGUGGUCCAUUGAUCAUUAUUUUUCUAAUAAUGGAAUGAUCAUUGGAUUUGAUUUAUGGAAUAUUGAAUCGAUUGAUUGACUGAAUGUUUCAGUCAUACAUAGUCCCUUUUUGAUAUCAGGUCGUGUGGAAUGAAAGCUCUCUAAGGGACAACACAUAAAUGUUUGAAUUCAUGUGCAUGGUUUUAAAGAGACGGAAUAAAGUUAAGUUUUACUGAAAAUAUCUAUUAGAAAUACAUAUGAUUCCAUGAUUAUAUCCGAUUGGUAAUUAUUCAUAAUUUGAAUGUAAUAAACCGUAUUUUGAUUAUGUGAUUAGUUCUGUCUAGUUGUAGAGAAACAUCCACCAAAUGGUGGUUUAUUUAGAAUUGAUCAGGGCAAAGAUUUUUUCGUUGCACACAUGUACGUGUUAGUUCUUCUUCAAAAUAAGCUUUAUAAUACUUACCUAUGUUUAUUAGAAUUCUUAGUUAUGGCUAAUUUGAAUAAGUGGUGUCAGUUUUUCAGUUGUUAUCGUCAAUUUCAAACUAUGUGCAUUCAAUGAAAACACUAUUUAGAGAAAAUUUUGAACCCUCUAAUUGAACGAGAUUCAGCAUAAGUAUUUUGGCCAAUCAAUAUCCAGAUUUGUCAUCGGCGUCCUUGGAAGUCAUUGGUUAAUUGGUCACAGUAUUUCUCAUUACCCUGCUGAUUCAGAAAAAAUGACUAUCCUUCCCGAUCAAUUGCAGCUACUACUUGAUCGCCAGCAGCAGCGUUUCAGAGAGAGCCAGUUGAAUGUUUUGGACUAUAUGCGCACGCGACUGCUAAAUCUCCCAUGUUUCGGAGAUGUGAAAGAGGUUGACGAACUGAUUUCUCACCUGCAUACUGACCUCGAAAAUGACUGCAGAACGUAUGAAGAUGAAAACAAAAGCCUCUAUGAAUCCCUGAUGACCAGUGAUGUAAACGAGACAGUUAUUCGUGAUCCGCCCAGUUGUCCAGAAAUGUCAAAUUCCGAAACAUUCCCUGUCGUGGGUUCAAAUCCCACUGUUCCUGAAACGUGUACAGACAGUGAUGUACCCAACUCACAGAAAGAAGAUCUCUUAUUACAUGCUCAUAAAUUAAUUACAGUACCCUCUCACAAGGAAACAGGAAACAAAUCGUGCAGUAUACUGAGUCUAGCUGCUCCAAACGGUCCUCAUCAGUCAACAACAGGAGAUUCUGAUGAAUCUUAUUAUCUAGAUCCUCUUGUACCAGAAAAUGUGUUAGAUGCAUCAAAUGAUGAUCAGAAGUUUAAUACAAUUUUGAUAGAUGUUAAUUAUCCCAGUGAUCAACUAUCCACAAAUGAGAUUUUCAAGGAAUUCUAUGAUAAUGUUCCAGAAGAAUCAAACGUUGAUGACCUCAUAUCAAGCGACGUUGGUCCACACUACUUAAUCACUUUUAGUGACUUCUCUGUUCCAUGUGACAAUUAUGUGUUAAAUAAAGUCAAAUUAAUUUUAACUUGGGGAUAUGAGGACCCAACAUUACUUCGUGGGAAAGGAUGAACCCAGAAAAUUUCAAAAUCCGGAUAUCAACUCCGGAUCUUCAAAAAAAGGGGAGGUGUUGUGGAUGCGAAGGAAUAGACCAAUAAUUAUGAUGUUAAGUCCAAUGGUGUCCUUGGACUUUAAAUGGACAUUUCUUAUUGGUCGAUAUCUGUUCACUUGUUGAAUAUUGUACAAAAUGUUGUUUUCUAUUUUUAUGGUACGAUGUGGUAUGCUUG